AUGGCCGACAGCAAGCACGCCCUCCGCUGGGACGACCGCCGGGACCACGCAGCGCCGCCGAUCCGCCCCGCCCAGCGGCCCACCCUCUGCGCCUGUCUGCUCGCCCUCCUCGUCCCCGCCGCCCUCCUCAGCGCCCUCCUCGCCCCGCUCGGCCUCGCCCUCACCCUCGUCCCGCUCACCCUCGUCUUCGGCCUGCCCCUCUGGCUCGCCUCCUCCCUCCUGCUUGUCUACAGCCUCGCGGCGGUCCCCUACCUCCUCUUCGCCCAGGAAGACCUGUCCGGCCCGCCCGCUCUCCUGCUGCCCCUCUCGCCCCUCAAGGCCCUCCGGAUCGUCCACAGCCUGUUCAAGCAGCUGCUCAUCCUGCUCCGCUCCUCCUGCAUCGAACUCGUCCUGGACUACUCCUACCGCAAGAUCAUCGUGCUGGGCCGCAACAGAGCCAAGCCCACCAUCGUCCGCCGCGGGAUCGUGUACGCCUACGCCGACCACGCCCGCGCCCGCGCCAAGCGCCUCGACGUCUACCUUCCCCCCCUCGCCGACCCCCAGCCCGCAACCGCCCCGGUGCUCUUCUUCGUCCAUCCCGGUGGAUGGAGGUGGCUCGAUAAGGACCUCUUCCUCCAGCUCGGACUCAGACUGCGCAGGCUCGGCUUCUGCGUCGUCAUCCCCGACUUCACCCAGUUCCCCGAGGGACGAUGCCACCACUCGGUGCGCGAUAUCCGCUGCGCAUUGCGCUGGGUCGCGCGCUCGAUCAGCGAAUACGGGGGGGACCCGGACCGGAUCUUCGUCGCGGGCCACGGCUCAGGGGCCCAUCUAGCCCUGCUGACGGUCCUCGAGUCGGCGAUCGCGCAGAGCCUGGCGGAGCAGGAGGGGUGUCCGAGUCCGCUGGCCGACGGCCCUGAAGAGGAGGAGGCGCUCGAGCUACCGCACGUCGAGGGCAUGGUCCUGCUGGCGGGCGUGUACGACCCGGUGGCCCAGAUGCGGGCCGAGGCGCGCAAAGGCUGGCUCGACGUCUCCGCGCUCCGGCGCGCCCUGGGGCCCUCCCACGCCCUUGCGCUCGCCAACUCGCCCGCCCAUCUCCUCCACGCCGCCCAAGAAACGCUGCGGCCCCGGCACCUGCCCGACAAGGUCCUCAUCAUCCAUGGCGGCCAGGACCGGAACGUGCCGAUCCUGCAGAGCCACUUCCUGAGCACCCUGCUCGAGACCGUCAACCGCCACGCCGCCGAGGCCUUCGACGCCGCGCACGAGGCCGACGCCCGGCUGAAGGAGGAGGACGGGCCGGCCCAGACCAGCGUCCGCUUCGUCCCGCUCAAGGACCUCGACCACCUCUCCGCCCUCUUCGCCCUCAUGCUCCCCGACUCCACCCUCGCCCACCAGCACCAGGGCUACUCGAAAAUCAUCGUCGAGCAGAUCCUCAGCCUCGUCCAGUAG